UGCAGAGCCUCCUCCCAGAGCCGAGACUUGUUCACCCCGCGGGGUGGGGCCCUCCUGUCCCGGCAGUGAGUGCGUGACUCAUACACUGCUGUCUAUCAGAUUUGUUCAAUAUGGACUGUCCCAAACUCAGCCUUCCCCAUGACUCCGGGGUAGGGAUCCUUUCUCCUCCAUCUAGUGAAUAGGAAGUGAUCAAAACGUCCUGGAGGCCCCACCCUGAGCCCCCGCCAGCCUCCAGGUCCAGGGUGCUGAGCUCCCCCGAGCUGGAGACAGAGGCGCCCAGACGCCCUCCGGAGAUGCUGUGGCUGCUGCUGCCCCUGCUCUGCCCAGGGUCCCUGGCACAGGUUCCAGGUAACACACUGGAAGUGCAGAAGGUUGUGUCAGUGCAGGAGGGCCUGUGCGUCUUCGUUCCCUGCAAGGUGUCCUACCCCAGGACUUCGUUUACACCAGUUCAUGGCUUCUGGUUCCGGGAAGGAGAUGACGCAAUGAAGGGUGCUGCUGUGGCCACAAACAACCCUGAUCGUGAAGUGCAGGAGGAGACCAAGGGCCGAUUCCACCUCCUCGGGGAUCCCCUCAAACACAACUGCUCCCUGGACAUCAGAGAUGUCAGGAGGACAGAUAAUGGAUCGUACUUUUUUCGAAUUGAGGGAAGCCAUCCUGUGAAGUAUAGUUACAUAUGGAACAUGCUCUCUGUGCAUGUGACGGCCCUCACCCACACACCUGACAUCCUCAUCCCGGGGACCCUGGAGUCCGGCCGCCCCAAGAACCUGACCUGCUCUGUGCGCUGGGCCUGUGAGCGGGGCACGCCCCCCAUCUUCUCCUGGACGUCAGCUGCUCACACCUCCCUGGGCCCCAGGUCUCAUCAUCUAUCUUCCAUGCUCACCCUCACCCCACGACCCCAGGACCACGGCACCAUCCUUGCCUGUCAGGUGCAUUUUCCUGCAUCUGGUGUGACUGUGAAGACCACCGUCCAGCUCAACGUCAGCUGUCAGAAACCUGGGAGUGGAAUCACGGAGUGCAAUGCAGGAUCAUCAGGGCCUGGGGCAGAGGUGGUGCUGGUGGCCAUCAUGGGGACAGUUGUGAAGACUCUGCUCCUCUUCCUCUGCCUCAUCAUCCUCAUAGUCAUGUGCCACAGGAGGAAGGCACUGAGGCCCAAAGGGUCUCAUGAAGGAUGCAAACACACCAUCUCAGGUUAAUCUGUCAGGUCGGCGUAAUGGCCACCUUCUCCUCCUAGUGACCUUGAUAGUUCCUGUGGCCUAAUCUCUUCCCCGGGUCUCUGACCCCACCAACCUCCUGCCUCCAGAUUGUGUUUCCAGAGACAUAAAGUCCACGUUCUGCACAGUUUGAGCAGUGACGUUUCCGCUUCUUGGCUAGAGAUGAGGUGCAAAUGCUACAGGCUGGAUCUGAAGGCCUGGCAUGGUCUGUCCUCCUCCAGACCCUACACCGGACUCUACGUCUCCCCGAAUCUCGCAGCCCCUCCACCUACAACCAGGCCCAAGACUUUAUGAUUCGGAGACUUUACAUGUGCAGUUCCUCCAGCUGCAAUGCUCUCUGUCUCCAUUCCUACAUGUCCAAGUGCUGAUCACACUUCAGGCUCAGUGAACAUCACUGCAUGCCCUGGCCCGUAUGGCUCAGCAGUCAGAGUGUCGACCUGUGGAGCAAAGAGCGGUAGGUUCGAUUCCGGUCAAGGG